AGAGGCCGGGAGCUCAGCUGAGCCCGAGUUCCAGCGCCCGGCCCGCGCCUCGGGCUUCCGCCGGGUCAGCUGACUAUUUAAGUGCGGAACUGCGCGCUGGGCUGUGCUGCCCGCCGCCGCGCUGCGCUCGGUGCUUGGCUCUCGCCGCUCCGCGCCUGCACCCGGUGCUCCGCGCCGCGCGUCCGCCCAGUUGUCAUGGCUGGGCUCGUGGUCAGUGGAACUCAAGUGUCCUUCAUAGGCCAGGACUGCAGAGAAAUUCCAGAGCAUCUUGGAAGGGACUGUGGACAUUUCGCAAAGAGGCUCGAUCUGAGCUUUAACCUUCUGAGGUCACUGGAAGGACUGAGCGCGUUCGGGAGCCUGGAGGAACUCAUCUUGGACAACAAUCUGCUCGGGAACGACCUCGUGUUGCCAGGGUUACCCAGGCUCCAUACCUUAACCCUCAACAAGAACCAGAUCACUGACUUGGAGUGUCUGCUUGAUCACCUGGCAGAAGUGACACCAGCUUUAGAGUACCUCAGCCUGCUGGGCAAUGUGGCCUGUCCCAACGAGCUGGUCAGCUUGGAAAAGGAUGAGGAAGACUACAAGAGAUACAGAUGCUUUGUUCUGCACAAGCUGCCCAAUUUGAAGUUUCUGGAUGCCCGGAAAGUAACCAGACAAGAACGAGAGGAAGCUUUGCUCAGAGGGUCAUUCAUGAAGGUGGUGAAGCCCAAGGCUUCCAGCGACCACGUCACAGCUUCUCCAAAGAACCACUAUACACCCCUGCCUGCUGCUUCGAGGGAUCUCACCAAUCACCGAGGUGUCCUGGGGAAGUGUCGCUAUGUUUACUACGGGAAAAACUCAGAGGGCAACAGGUUUAUCCGAGAUGACCAGCUCUGAUGGCAAGUUCUGUAUGCUUUAGCCUGUGUCAUGAGAAUAAAAGAAAAAAAGGCAAGUAAAAAUAAAGAAAAAGCUAAAGAAAAAACACUGGCCCACACUGCAUCUCUGUGGGAAGGCUAUGACUUCAGCUUUUGGUACCUUCUGCUGACUUUGCCAGGACUGUCAAGAUCAUCCUUCUGCCUUAGACUGAAUGGUCACAUAGAGAUUGACAUGAAUGCCCUUAAGCAGGUCUCAUCCACUAGGGUGACAGACAGCGGCGGUGAAGCACCAGGGCUGACAGGAGGAACACCAUGAUAGAUUGCCUGGUCUCUCCACUGCUCACAGGGGAGCAGAGGUCACACCUGGGGCCUCCCUGAGCAUGCUCGCUGGCCGUGGUCCAGCAAGAGAGACUAUCUUCAGCUUGCUUACUGAGUAGAGAACCCUCUGAUACCAUUGUGCCGUGGGUUGAUUUUUAGUGAAAUAGUCACAGUUUAGAGGAAGGCUACCCUCCCUUAUUCACCUUAAACUUCAAUCCCUUCCAUUCUGCACAGCCGCUCCCCCCACCCCCUGCAACAUACACUGUCCUUUAGCAUCUUUCUUUGUUCUGGGUGGUGCAUUCUGGUUUGUGGUCUUUCAGAGAACAGAGGGUAUAAGUUCUCAGCCCGCUUGGACAUUUAUGGCUGGCUUUGUGUUGUUCCAUUUCCUGUACUGGAGUAAAUCGCUUUCCCUAAACCCUGACUGUAAAAGCAUGGACUCGGUCUUGUUUUGAAUAUUUCUAAAUCCAUUUCUUGCCCGGAAUCAUAGACAGGGUCAGGCGUCUUUCCCAGCACCAGGCUCUGGUUGCACCAAGGACUGGGAUUUAUGUAUGUGUGUAUUUAUUCAUUUUCAACCACGCACAUGCCCAGCCAUACCUGUGGCUGUAUGUGUAGUUCGGAGCUGGCUUGUUCCUUCAGGUGCUAUUUAAAGAUAGUGAGGUGAGGAAAAUAGGGAGAUGGGUCAGGAAGUUAAAAAAGAAAGUGAGGACCACAGAAAACACCCAUUAGACCAAAUCUUUUUUUUUAAAGAUUUUAUUUAUUGACAGAGAGAGAUCACAAGUAGGCAGAGAGGCAGGCAGAGAGAGAGAGGAAGAAGCAGGCUCCCCUCCAAGCAGAGAGCCCGAUGCAGGACUUGAUCCCAGGACCCUGAGAUCAUGACCUGAGCCGAAGGCAGAGGCUUAACCCACUGAGCCACCCAGGUGCCCCAAGCAGUUUUUAAUAGAAGGCACAAACCCUUUGAAUUUUCCUCAGGACCUCUCAGAACUGAAAUCCCUAAGCUUGUGAGAGGAUCUUUGUGUAUCUUUGGCUAAAUUCCAGCACGAAUAUGACAAGGAAAAGAAGCAUUACGUACUCGUUGGGUAGCUAUAAUUUGAUUUAAUAUACCGACACACCAGUGAAAUCUCUCUAGGAUGCAUUUGAAAGGCUGGCCGCUCUUGACACGAGAGCAUUUAUUUUUGCUUCUUCUGUUUGACCAGUGUUCAUUGUCCUGGAUCUCUCACUAUUAGGUUGGGUUGAGGAUAGCAAAACCUGAAAGAGAGUCCCUCCAAGUUAUAGGCAACCCAUAACUAGAGGGUCGCUACUGUAAGAGUCUUUGGGUACUCAAAAUCACCAAGGACCCAAGACGAACCUACUUUCCCAGUUCUAGACUGUUUAUGUGGCCUCUGGCCUUCCGAGUCAACACAGUCCUUGCAUGACUUGCAAUGAGGCUGGCAGGAGUCCCUCUUGUAGAUUAUGCAAGUUAAUCAGUUAUGGAGACAAAUUUAGAUCAAAAUCCUCAAGGCCAUUAAUAAUUAGAGGAUAUGCAAUGUUUGCCUUUAUCUCUCAAAUCCAUUAAUAACUAGAGCUGAGUACCUUUUGUCUGUUUGAUCUAUAAAACAGCAUUGGGGUAAUGCUUUAAAUUAGCUGCCUUAGGUCCCACCCUGGCUCUUUGUUUAGAAGCACCAACACAUGUUUUGUCCAUGGCAUAUUAUGGGCAGCCAGAUUUCUGUGCAAGGGCAGCUAGACGAGUCCAAUGUCAUAUCCAAUCUAGCAGCACAUAUAUCCUUGUCUUUAUAAAAGGCUUUAACCCUGCCUCAAACAAUAAAAAAGCACUUGUGAACUGACCACAGAAUUUUUCCAUCUUUAUUUUUCUUACUUGUUUACUUUUCGUAAUGUCAGAACCAUUUGUAUCAUGCACAGGAAUGCCUCCCUCAAUGCGAGCUUUGGAAGCAAAAAAUAUUUUUGGAGUGAGUUAUUGACCACAUUGUUCCCCUCUCUUUGGGUUGUUUAUUUUCUUCCAAAAUGGCGUAAUAACUUUAAUUAAGAUUAGCUUUAAUUAUCAUAUACGUAAAGGCCAUUGCUACAGUCCAUUUAUCUUAAUGAUAGAAUUAUUACGAGUUUUCUUUCUCUUGAACGGGGAUGACGGUCAUGAAUUUGUGUUGGGUUGUUUACAGUUCCACAGUUUGUGGAGCAAGAUUUGCUGUGUAGAGCGAGACGUUGGUCUGCAUUAGUAGAGCAGGAAAUGAUGCUGAGUGCUUAUCUUAAAUCUGUAAGAAUUUCCCAAACAUCGUUUUUUAAAGUAGAGCAUUAGAAGGUAAGAAAUUCAGUCAAAGCUCAGAAUUAUUUCACACCUCCAAUUGCCCCUUGGUCCUUCUGCCUUUUACCCUAUUCCACUGAGCUUUUUCUUAGGAGAUCACGCUAGCCGGCAUCCCAGUAUCCUCUCUCCCAGGACACUGGUCUGCCUUGAGAGCCCCUACAGUAGAAGGCUGUCUAGAGUCCUCUAUUGCCUCUGCAAAGUCAGGGCAGACUGCCUUUUUCCUAAGUAACAUGAUUUUAUAGAACAAUUUGUUCCUUGGGGAAUAAUGUUUUAGAUUGUGGGGAAUCCUAUUAAAAGUACAACUAUUACAAUAAUUUGCUUUUACUUUUAGAAGCCUUGAUUAUAAACCCUCCAUCUGUUUGUUGCUUUAAAUAGAGGCACAUUAUAAGAGAUGAUCACUCGAUCAAGCAGCACGUCUGAGUGUUGUGCAUUUUCACAUGUUCACGUAUACUAAGGAAUAAAAGAAAAUAAACCACGGAUUCUGGAUGAAAGGAUUUUUCAUUUGUUCUGUUUUGUUCGGUUUUGUCUGUGUGUGCAUGCGCGUGUGCGUGCGUGUGCGUAUCUUCCAGCAGGGAUGUGUCUUGCACGUUUUUAA